CGGUUCCGCGACUGCCUUUCUCCAGUCCAUCCUUUGGAGUAUGGUCGUGAGAAUCCAGCCUUCUGGACAUCUAGCCAGCUUCAACAUCCUUUGCCAUGUCGAUAGCAAGCCCUGAGAGAAUCCACGAUCGCGGACUCCAAUUGCACGGGAAUGGGGCCGGUCCCGGAGAGCCCCGGAGGCUGGACAGAGACCUUGUUCUAUACUUUCGCCAGAGAUUUGAGAAAGCGUCAAAAAUACAAGAGAAAUUGGCUGAAGAAAGAGAGAAAUUGCUCCUCGAGCGCGACAAUGUGAGAUCUGCGGGAAAGAAAGUACGUAUUCGGAGGGUUCAAACUGGAGAUGCGGAAGCCGCCUUUAUGAGCGUGCUCCGCGAAUUCAUCAAUAGGCAUGGUGACCUCUUUACGUCUGAACUUAAUGCCGCUUAUCGAAAAGUUGAACAAGAACGGGACAUAUUAGGAUCGAUGGAAGAAGAUUACCUGCAGGCCGAACGUUCACUGGGAGGUUCUGAAUGGACUUUCAUCGACAAGGAGAAUGACUUCUACCAGUACGAAAUUCAGGAUCUCUUUUCAGAUGGCUUCUUAAAUAGAUACACCCUUAACAAAGACACAGAACCCCCUCCACAACCAAGUCGGCCGGAUCUCCUUCCUUCUUCCGCUCUUAUACGGAUGGAAUAUCAGGCUACCUUAGCCAAGCUUGACCAGCUCAAGAGACAAUUCAAUGCCCUUCGACCCGAACAAGCCAAAUUUAUCGAAGAACAAAAGGCCCGAAAGCGACAUAGAUCUGGUGACCUAAGUGGAGCACCAGAGACCUCAGAGUUUGUGACUAGAUAUAGUGCCUUGCUGACCGAAAUCGCCGAGUGCGAAGUUAAGAUCCAACAGUUCAAACAAGAUCUUAUGCAGCGCGAAGCCUUGGACUCGGUAAUGACCCGUCGAAACUCUGACCCUGCCCAUUUCGAAGUACGGAAGGUGGUGUCAUUCGAUACCAUCACCAGGGCCCAAACUGAUGGCGUUGUCCCGACCCUUUUAGAAAAUCCUGCUAUCAAGCAUCGUAUUCGAGACUGGAUACUGGAACGUCUCAAAACCAACCCGGUGGAGAGGACAACAUAUCUAAAUAUACUUGCCCAAUUCCAUGUACCCUACUCCGAUCAUGAAUCCUGGGAGGACCGCGCUACGCAAUACUGGCCCCAUGAUAUGAGCGAAGAGUCACAUCAAUCUCCCCAAGAGAUACAUUCUAUAACUCAUCAAACAAGCAAGUCUCUAAAUCCAAAUACACUCUCGAACUCCCCUGGACAGCACCAAACCGAUGAUAUUUGGUCCAUGGCACCCAAAACCAAAAUUGGGCUUGAUUUCGAUGCCAAUUUCAACUAUGCUCCCCUUCCAGCCCUAGAGAGUGAUGAUAAGCGUUUGGAGCGACCCUGGACCGAGGAAGUGUGCCAGGCAAUCGCCCCGGAAUUUCCCCCAAUUGAAUCCCCAAAGUCAACUUCAAGCAAACCCAGUGAUAUUCCUAUCUUAAGGGUUACUCCCACUAGUAUCCAAGACCUGCCCUCGCGUCCGGGUGCGGAUUCUUAUCCCUCAUCAUUCUUGGAGCAGGAUGACAAUGUCCGGAUUGUGGGCCCGGAUACGGAGACUUAUCUCGAACCUCGCUUUUCCUUACGACAUGACAGUGCUCAGGCCUCAGUCGUCUCCGAAAAUGAAGCAAUAGCAUCGAAUGCCACGCACCAACUUUCUACACCCGAACUGGAGAUCAUUCAAGGUCCAGUAGAACCUGAGCAGUCUUUUGCAGCCACAGACGAUGCCGAUUUGGACAAGAGCCCUCCAGAUCUACGUUCUCUAGAGUGCCAGAAUCCCAAAGUCAAUACUAAUAUAAGAGAGAAUCCGUCAGCUUCUUCCCAACGCUCUUGACGGAAUUACAAUAACUGGCGAAGACACGACUUCACCGUUGAACCUAUCCUCAUACCACACAUUCUCUAACACGCCCUCUCUGGCACGCUCAAGGCCAGUCUCAGAACAUUCCAGCCAACGCAGC